UAACCUAAGUUAGAAAGAGUCAGCAGUUUCCAUAACAUAUUAAAUGUACAAUAAGGAAUAAAUGCUCGGCGGGGCUUUCUAAAUAUACAUUGCGGGGAAGAAUCAGCAGUUUCUGAUUGGCUCUUCUGGUUUAUAAUAUGCCGGGUUAGCAGUGUCCUUGAAUCAGAAGAAAGAGCUCUGCAACCCCAUAAGAAUGUAUGAGAAGGUAUUUAUUAUAUCAGUGGGGCACCAGGACAUAUGGGAAUGUUCUUAUACCCUGUGUAACCCUGUGUGUGCUGGCUGGUAGUUUAGUAAAAGGCUGCUGAUGAAAGGAAUUGUAAGGGAAAGUAGAACUGUUCACUCUCCUUUGUAUUCAUGUAUUUGUGUUUCCUUGCAGCCAAUCAUGUCAGACUAUAAAAUCAGAGGCUACAAGGAUUGGGAUUAUGAGACCGCACGAGAGCUGUUUUCGGCUGGGAUGAAUGAAUACGUCCCGUCUGUUUGUGUCCAUGUUCUGAAACAGCCCUGGGUUCUGUUUGUGCUAAUGUGCAUGUUCCUGUGUUUGCUUGUGAGCUCCAAGUCUCUCAUCUUGCCCCUUCUGUCCGUCACGCUUGCACUCGCCCUGGGGCGCCAGUUGUUGGGCUACUGCUGGUCAUUGUACAUCGAUCACUGCCUGAAGGAGGACCUCAGGGAUAUCUCCAAGACUUACGUGCAGAGCCAAGGCUCCUACUUCUGGGUGGCUGAAGCAGACGAAAUUGUUAUCGGAAUUGUGGAGGCCAAACCUUCGGAGGAGAAGCGAGAGGAGCUGGUUCUAAAGCGCAUGUCGGUCAGGAAGGAUUUCAGGGUUGGGAUCGGCAAGGCAUUGUCUCGAGAGGUCCUUAGUUUCGCCCGGCAGAAUGGGUACAGGUCGGUCAUUCUCAACACCCUGAUGGUUCAGCACGAAGCACAGAGAAUGUACGAGAGUGUGGGAUUCAAGAAGUACAUCGAGUUUGUCCUCUCCACAGUCUAUGGGAAGCUGAUAAACUUCACAGUCUCUAAGUACCGCUAUGAUAUUCUGCCUGGCAGCUGAAGUAGCACCAUAGCCUUGCCUUUAGCACAGGACUUUAUUGUACCCCAGACUCUGUAUGUACCCCAGACUCUAUAUGUACCCCAGACUCUAUAUGUACCCCAGACUCUAUAUGUACCCCAGACUCUAUAUGUACCCCAGACUCUAUAUGUACCUCAGACUCUGUAUGUACCCCAGACUCUAUAUGUACCCCAGACUCUGUAUGUACCCCAGACUCUAUAUGAACCCCAGACUCUAUAUGUACCCCAGACUCUAUAUGUACCCCAGACUCUAUAUGUACCCCAGACUCUGUAUGUACCCCAGACUCUAUAUGAACCCCAGACUCUAUAUGUACCCCAGACUCUAUAUGUACCCCAGACUCUGUAUGU